AUGCGGAACAAGGCGAGCAUUAGAAGACGGCGACGAGAGACUACAGGCGAUACAAGUUGUCUUAUCCAAGAUGCCAAUAACACUACGAGUAUGCUGGCCAUACAGGAUCUGGUUGAGAAGGCAAGACACUCACCUGAGGAAAUUCAAAAAGGCAUCAUUCAUGCAGGCUUGCAGCGCCAUCUUUAUCCAUUCCAGCCCCGCCCGAAGCAGAUAGAUGCAAUAUGGCAUUUAGUCUUCCAGAAGGAGGACCUCCUCCUCGCAGCCAAGACAUCUUUCGGCAAGAGUAUCAUAUUCCAGGCAGCGCCGUUGUUUUGUCGAGGUGGCAUUGCCCUUAUUAUCAUCCCUCUCGAUCGAAUCGGACAAGAGCAGUGUAUCAAGAUCCAGAGACUUCCUGGAGCGAGAUCCCUGUUCAUUAAUGGUAGGACGGAUAAGACUGAUGCGUUGGCCCAAGAGAUUAAGACGGGUAUAUAUACUCAUCUCCUCAUGGGCCCAGAGAUCGCAGCCGGUUGGUUUCGAUCAAUAGCAAGCAACCCGUCCUUUAAAAAGCGCGUCUCAGUCGUGGCUGUGGAUGAACUCCAUUUAGUGGCCCUGUGGGGAAGUGGUAUCCGUCCACAGUAUGCACAACUCUCUCUUCUACGUCGAAGACUAGGAGCGUAUAUCCCUUGGUUUGGAUGUUCUGCCACGUUAGACCAAGCGACGUUGGAUAUAGCGAGGAAAAUGACAGGCUUCCAAGCCAGCUGCGAGAUUUUCCGAACCUCUAUCGACAGGCCGGAGAUUAAGCUGAUCGUGGAGACUAUCGAGCCGCGGACCACGAAAAGGUUCACUAGUCUCUUCUUCGUUCUACAGGACGCCAUGACGAAUGGGCUACCGACGCCUAUGAAAAUUCCGAAAACGAUAAUUUUCAUAGAUUCACGACGCGAUAUCCAAAAAUGCGCAGAAUGUUUGCGAGACUGGCUGUGCAGACUGUCGUCAGGGGCCAUAAGACACCGCGACAGCAGAGAGAUUAUCCAGGUCUACCACUCACACACCACGCUGCAUGAUAAGGAGGCCCUGUACAGCGAGUUCUCCAAAGUGGAUUCCAAGAUUCGAAUUAUGGUCGCAACUGAGUCACUGGGAACGGGAGUGGACCUCUCGGAUGUCAUACGUGUCGUCCAAUAUGGAUUCCCCUUGGAGCGGCUUUUAAGCGUUCUCAUCCAACGGUUUGGUCGUGCAGCUAGAAUGGCCAGCAUCAAGGGGGAGGCUGUCUUCCUGGUGGAAAGCUGGGCUGUAGGCGACAGGGUUUCAUCAACAAGAGCGGCGUUCUCCAGAAGCCGGAAGCAGUCGUCUUUAAGACAGCUUUCUUAUACGAGCCAGCUAGCUCAGUCAUGCCCCGUCGAGCCAGAAGCGGAGAGUGAUGUUCCAGACCACGAAGCGGAUGUUGCUGUAGACGCCAUUGACUAUGGCGUCCCAGAAGACCAGCGCAAACGCAAAACACAGAGAGAGCGCCGGACAGAGCUGUACAAUGACUGCCCAGCACUAUACAAUUUUGUCAAUCGAUCCAAUUGCCUACGCCGAAUCCUGAUGGAUUGGCUGCAAGAGAGUUUGUCAGAUCCCGCAUCUAAGUUGCCUCCUCCUAGACCGGACGAGUGUUGUAACGCCUGCAACCCUGGCCUGACGCGGACGGUGCCUUUCCCGUGGGACAUUGCUCCCAGUCUUCGGAAACCCCACGCUGGGACAGCACCAGGUGCAUUUUAUGACCGCCUAGCCCUCUGGGGAGACAAUGUUGUUAACUCGGCGCAUCAGACGGCGAAGCCCGAACUUUCCGUGAAGCUAUUUACUCAGAAGAGUGAGUGGAUAUCAUUAUCGACAGAAUAUGCCUACAUCCAUACAGCCGCUGAGUUGGAGGAGUUUGUGAAAUCGACCUGGUUGAAAGACCAUUCCGAUGAACUCUUUAAGGAGUUUAAUAAUAUCAAGUCCUACGUCGUGAGGAACUGGCCUGGAGGUAGCAGGCUAGAAACGUCACGGACGUCAGGAGCUGCAGGCCCAGUGCAGAUUUCCCUUGAUUAUCAAGAAGUCUACAAGGGUCCAGAAGGGAGAGAGACUCAAAAGGGGCAAUCUUCAGUCGCGAUUGAGCAUCCCACUCAGCCAGAGAAACCUGCGUCCUUCUUGCGUAAGAGCGAUGAUUAUAUUUCCUCAUUGGAGAAACUCAUUGCUCGCGCGAGAGAGAAUACAGCAUUAUGCUCUCCAUGUUCACCUGACCGAGCGUUGUCAGAAAGACAGCCUAUGAUUAUUGCCGAGCAACAGUUUCGACAAAGUUCGUUGCUCGAGAGACAAGGUCCCCCUGCCACGAAGCAGAUGUCCCAACAAGGAGAGCCUCAGGAAAGAAGAGUAUCGACCGAAGUAAAGACUCUAAUAACUCCCGAUCAAGGACGAAGAGCAUCAUUUUUGCGUGACCGAGAAGAGUACGCUUCCUCGCUAGAACGAAUCACUGCCAACGCAAGAGAGAUAUCAGCCUCGUGCUCUCCUUAUCUAGCUACCCAAUCAGUGCCGAUAGUGGUAGCAGAUUCGUCAUUAACAUCCAUUAGGUCGGUUACAUCGACAAACGUAGAUUGCUCCUCUGGCAUAUCUAGUGUUUUCGAAGACAGUGAGAAUGGUUUGUCCAGCGUAAGUGGUGGCAAUCAGUCGUCGAAACGUCCCGCACCGAGUGAAGGAGAAGGAGAAAUGAUAAAGCGGGUCGCUCUCAGCGUUUUAGACUCUAAUAUAAGGCGAAGUCCUCGCAGUGAAAAAGAGAAGAAUAGGCGUUAUUACCACGGAGAGCGGAUAUUAUAG